CAAUUUUAACGCAUUUUUUUUAAUUAAUUCCGUCUCUCUCUUUUAUGUUUUUUUCCGCCAUUUCUAUGGCGAGAAGAAGCUGAUACUUUCCCGUGAAUUUCUCUCUCUCUUUCUUUCUCUGUUCAUUCACUCCACAGCUCUCUUCUCUCGUGUCCUCCCCAACCUCUAACCAAAAGGGAAGGCUUAAAAGCAAAAAUCCCCAAUUCCUCACAGUAGCUUCAUAUUCACGCCCAACUCCUGUUCCGCAAUUAUGUGCACAUCGAGAAACCAUCAUCAUUCCAUGACGAAAUUUCAACGGAUAUGAUCGUCUUCUGAGGGUUUUAGGCCUCAUCACCGUGAGAUGUGGCAAUAAAAAAAUCUGCUAUGAUCAUGUUACUUCGCUGAACUGAAGGAAUCUGGCCCUCUCAUCAGAAACUCUGCAAAAGGGAAGAUCAAGCGGCUGCUCUCGUUCUGUGGACGACUAUGUUUCUUGAAACCUCCGUGGAAUCUCCACAACGAUUCCUUUACACCGUCAUUUUCUGUUUCCUGAGCCGUUCUGCAGAAGUGGGUUAGUCUUAGAUUAUCCUGUGAAUUCUGGGAAAAUGAGUGCGUGUCCAGUUGCUUCAGAGAUUGUCGAAUCCGUGGAAGAGCCGGGGUUGAAGAUGAACCAUAAAGCUGGAAAAAGACAUAUGAUAAUAGGAUCUAGUGGUAGGUGUUCGAUAGAAGAUGAUAUUAGUAGUCUGUUCGAGGCCAUUGAUGUUAGGACAUCGGCAAGUAGAAGCAUGUUGCACAAGAGUGCGAUGAAAAGGCCGGUUAGAGUAGGCCCGUUGCCGGUUUCUGGCAUCGGCAUAUCGGAGCCCGUGAGUUUAAAGCAGGCGCUUAGAGGUCUAUCGAUUUCCCAAGCUUCGGAAAUGGCAGCCAUGAAGAAGAGAUUGUCCAAGCAGGUUGGCACUUCCUCAGUGUCGGAUGGAAGUGGUGUCAAAAGGUUGUACAGGGCUGUUGUGGUUGAGGCAAAUGGAUCCGGGUUCCCUCUUGGUGAAGGAAGAGGGAAGGUUCUAGAAAUAUCUCUUGUCCCUGGCAAAACCAGUUCAGAUUCUCGGGGAAAGACUUAUUCAGCAUCAGAAUCAAGCAGUGGUGCCAAAUUGCCCUCACUAGAUCAAACCAACAGUUUGGAAAGAGAUGAUGGUAGUCAAAUGGUGCAAAAGGUGAGUAGCUUCGAUACUCCUUCAGUUUCUCAUAUUGAAGCAAUAGAUCAGAUUUCUCCUGUCCCAACCGCUGUUCGGGGAGAAACACCUGUGUCAGAAAAGGGACAAAAGAACAGGUUGCAUCCAUGGUCUUCUCUGAGUAGAUCUGCUAUUACAACAAAAGCAAACGAUUCCACUCGAGCAAGUCCACGGUUACUCAAACCCGUUUUCAGGAACAGAAGUUUUAUAAAAGGAAAAGGGAAGCAGGCAUUUGCUUCAACUUGCAGCAGCAGAGGUUCAAACACUAAAAGUAUCAGUGAAUCGGGUCCUGGUACAAGCUCGUCUGAUACUCGGGAAGAUAAAAAUGGAAGUAAAGAGAGACCUAAAGCUUCUCCGGAAUCAAGCAGCAGCUGCAGCAUGGAAGUUAGCUCAUCAAGUGUGGCGGACACUUGCUCAACGAAAGCUGUGUCCAGCCUGACCCGUAAAGCGAGAAAUAAGCCUACAUUGUGGAAAGACGGGGAUAAAUCACGGUCUAGAGGCAAAGGAGAAUUCUCACAGAGCUCGAAAAGUAGCAUUGGAGGGUUCAGUAGCACUACCAGUAUCAGUGAAGAUAGCAGUCUAUGCUGUUCUUCUCGUAUAGGAAGUCGGCCUCAUAUGUCAAAGGACAUACGGUGGGAAUCCAUUAACGCUGUUAAGAAGCAGCAUCAGAGCGUAGACUGGAGGCACUUCAAAUUACUCAAGAAACUGGGUUCUGGAGAUAUCGCCACUGUGUAUCUUGCUGAGCUAAUUGGCACCAACUGCUUGUUUUCUCUGAAGGUGAUGGACAACGAGAUUUUGGCUGGUAGGAAGAAAAUGUUACGGGCACAAACCGAAAGAGAGAUUCUGCAAAUGCUGGAUCACCCGUUUCUUCCGACACUCUACACCCAUUUCGUGACCGAUAAGCUCUCUUGCUUAGUAAUGGAGUAUUGCCCCGGCGGCGACUUACACGUAUUGAGGCAGAAGCAACAAUCGAAAUGUUUCUCUGAGCAUGCAGCUAGGUUUUAUGCAGCAGAGGUGCUUUUGGCGUUGGAGUAUUUACAUAUGCUCGGGGUUGUAUACAGAGAUCUGAAACCCGAGAACAUUUUGGUCCGAGAAGAUGGUCACAUCAUGCUUUCAGACUUUGAUCUCUCUCUUAGAUGUUCUGUCUGUCCAACCCUUGUUCCAUCUUUUUCUCCAGCCACAGAAGAGCCCAAGAAGCGUUCCUCAAGUCCUUGCACUUCUCAGAGCUGCAUUGACCCGUUCUGCCUAAACCCUUCAUUUCAAAUCUCGUGCUUCACUCCGAAAACUCUCUCGAUCUCCUCGAAACCCGGGAGAUCAAAAUCCGACCCGCCACUGCAAGUGAAUCCAUUUCCGCAGCUCGUGGUCGAGCCAACGGAGGCGAGAUCAAACUCAUUCGUGGGCACACACGAGUACUUAGCCCCCGAGAUCGUCAAGGGAGAAGGCCACGGGAGCUCGGUGGACUGGUGGACAUUCGGGAUCUUCCUCUUCGAGCUCUUGUACGGUAAGACGCCUUUCAAAGGCUCGGGAAACGAAGAAACCCUAGCGAACAUCGUCACUCAGUCCCUUUCAUUCCCAACUUGCCCCAUAGUCAGUCUCCAAGCGAGGGACCUGAUCAGAUUGUUGUUAGCCAAAGAGCCAGAGAGCCGUUUCGGGUCGGGAAAAGGUGCCGUGGAGAUCAAGCAACAUCCGUUCUUCGAAGGCAUGAACUGGGCGCUCAUUCGCUGCGCCACUCCUCCGGCGAUGCCGACGGACUUUAUCUCCGGGAAACGUGGAGAGAGUGAGGAUGUGAACGAUGAUGAAAGCUCGAGCUUUCAGGUGUUUUAGAAUUUUCAUCGUUUUGGUGGAAGAAGAAAUAUUUAAAUAGGAGUAGCUUUGUAUACUUUUAAAUCGAAUUUGAGAGAGAAUUAUAUGCCAUGUAUCUUAUAUUAUUAUGUAUUGAUGCGUAGUUUAGUAAGAGUAACUACCAUGGUUUAUUUGACA